AUGAAAAUUCAUUAAGAAAAAUUAUCAAAUGGUCUGUGGUAAAUCAUUAAAAAGAUAUCUGAAAAAUUAGUCUAUUUGGUUUAAGAAUUCAUCAAUAGUGAUCGAGUCUAUGUUUACUAUCUACUAGAAUCAGCCAGAUGUAACACAAAGAGAAUUAAUAAACUAAUCGACUUCAUUAAAUUAGAAGAUACUAUCAAUAAAUCUAAAGUGAACAAAAUGAUUUCUGUAAGGCAAUAUACUUCUGUUCCUGAAAAUGUUUAAUAUAAAUAGAAGUCGUUAAAUUUAAUUUAGUAGCUAAAUAAGAUCAUGAAUUACCAUUGA